AAAACUGACACGAAUGUGUCGACACCAGAGAGCUCUGGCUGUGAGCGGGUCUACAAUAAACUAUGUACUGGGAAGCUGGGCAUCGCUAUGAAGGUGGUAGGCAGAAUCGUUCUAUUCUGGGUCAUCUUCAUCAUCGGCUACGUCACUGGGUACUACAUCCACAAGUACAAGUAG